AAAUACCAAGGUGACCUCUUUUCUUGAGAUCAGCGGUCAGGAAACUGAGAUCGAGCUCUACGUACUUCAUGCAGGCAAUGUGCUCAAAUUCAAGCUACACAGCUUACAGCAUCACAACAAUUUGUUACAGCAGCAUGCCGAGAGCUCGGCUAGCCACGUUCCUCGUCGUCACCGGCUUCCUCUCCACCGUCGUCGGCUAUCUCGGUGCACCGGCGGAUUGCACCACGUUCGCCGGCGGAAAUGAUGUCUUUUCCAUGGACGACGUCGUGUCGAAGAUCCACACCGAUCAUGGCGUGACCGGCGACGCGUCCUCGGACUUCGGCCGCAUGGUGGAGGCUGAACCGAGCGGGGUCUCCCGUCCUUCCUCCCCGGCCGACAUCGCCGCCCUGAUCCGCUUCUCGCUCUCCCGGCCGACGCCCUUCACCGUGGCGCCCCGGGGCAGAGGCCACUCCACCCGGGGGCAGGCUCUCGCCGCCGCAGGCGGCGUCGUCGGCCAUGGCCAUGACGAUGGUGCUGGCCGCCGCCGCCGCCGCCGUGUCGCCGUGUCGGCUGACGGGACGUAUGCCGACGUCGGCGGCGAGCAGCUGUGGAUCGACGUGCUCCACGGUGCCCUCGAGCACGGCCUCGCGCCUCGCGUAUGGACCGACUAUCUCCGCCUCACCGUCGGCGGCACGCUCUCCAAUGCCGGCAUCGGUGGGCAGGCGUUCCGGCAUGGGCCACAGAUCUCCAAUGUCCACGAACUUGACGUGGUCACAGGCACGGGUGAGAUGAUCACCUGUUCGAGGGAGGCGAACCGGGACCUGUUCUUCGCGGUUCUUGGCGGGCUGGGCCAGUUCGGGGUCAUAACCCGCGCCAGAAUCGGGCUCGAACCGGCACCGAAACGCGUCAAAUGGGUCCGGCUCGCCUACUCGGACGCACACGCGUUCACCGCAGACCAGGAGCUGCUCGUUUCGAAACGGCCGGACGGCGGAUGCGGGUUCGAUUACGUCGAGGGCCAGGUCCUGCUCAACCGGACCUUGACGGAGAGCCGCAGAUCGUCUUCCUUCUUCUCCGCCUCCGACCUUGCCCGGCUCGCCGCCCUCGCCGUCGACACCGGAUCCGUCGCGAUCUACUACAUUGAGGGUGCAGUGUACUACGACGAUGUCACCGCCGUCUCCGUUGAUCAGAAACUUGAGGCGGUGCUGGAGGAGCUGAGCUUCGUCCCGGGCAUGGUGUUCGUGAGGGACGCGUCGUACGAGGAGUUCCUCGACCGGGUUGGCCGGGAGGAGCAGAAUCUCCGGUCGGCCGGCGCCUGGGACGUGCCGCACCCAUGGCUCAACCUCUUCGUCCCCGGGUCGCGCAUCGCCGACUUCGACGCCGGCGUGUUCAAAGGCAUCCUCCGGGACGCCAACCCCGUCGGCCUCAUCCUCAUGUACCCCAUGAACAAGGACAAGUGGGAUGACAGGAUGACGGCGGUGACGCCCGACGAGGACGUGUUCUACGCCGUGGGGCUGCUGCGGUCGGCGGCGGCGGCCGACCUGGGGCAGCUGGAGAGGGAGAACGCGGCGGUGCUGGAGUUCUGCGACCGCGCGGGCAUCGGGUGCAAGCAGUACCUGCCGCACCACGCGUCGCCGGACGGGUGGAGGCGGCAUUUCGGCGCCAAAUGGCGCGGCGUCGCGGAGCUCAAGGCCCGCUACGACCCGCGGGCGAUACUGUCGCCGGGGCAGGGGAUCUUCCCGCCGCCGGCGGCCAGCGAACCCAGUACUGCUGCAAGUGCACGUACACAGAAGGAUCAAUUCAUCUGAAUUCACAUAGUGAUCAUUGCGUAAUCUUCAGAUAUCGAGAGAGUCAAUUAAGCAGGAUUGUUAGUUUUGGACCGGAAUUGAAGAAAGAUACGUCGAUCCAUUCCAAGGAGCGGCCAAAUUUUAGGAGCUUUAGUUUUUUUAUUAUUAUUUUCUUUCCUUUUGUUUUUCGUACCGUAGGAAGUUGGUUUGAUUCCUAGCUUGUGUUUCUUUGUUUAUGGUUGUUAUUUGUUAAGGAGUACAAUCACAUAGAUGCGUGCAAUCAUGUAAGGAAUGAAGUUGCACGCAGGUCAGGUCACAUAUAUAGGCUUGCUUCAAAAUCCUAGAGACAAAUUAGGCCGCAUUCGGUGGUUGCUGCUAGUUAACUUAUCUUUCUCGUU